CGGUUUGUCAGUCGUCCAAUCAAAUACCCUCUAUGCAGCCAAUCAACGUGGUCGGUGGGCGGGUCAUUUGUUACCGGUUACAGAAAUAUCUUGGCCAGGUGCGACGGAUCAUUUUGCACAACAUUGACUCGGGUAGGCCAACUCGCAGAGUUUAGUUCGUCAACGGAAUAUGGGAUAGAUUAAGAUUAAGUUCAUUUUUAUAUCUGUUCCUGUUGGUUUUCUGUGUCCGGUAGUUUUAAGCAGCAUACAGAAGAGCUGCCUUCAUUGUGACCUCAACACGAAACGUAAAAUGUUCGAUAGGUGAGUGCGAUGCAACAUGGCGGGAAUCGAGCAAAAUGUGACCGCAGAAAGCCAACGAGUCGGCUGUCAUGUCACAAAGCCGCCUGCCUCGGCUCCUCGGCCCGGAGCUGAGACCCCGCUGUUGGAGGAGCGCGUGUGAAACGGGACCCCGCCAGCCUCCAUGGCUCACUCGUCGGACCCGUCCCGGAGGGAGAAGACCCCCGGGACCAAAGGGUCACACACGGCUACACGCAACCUCCUACGAAAGAAGGAGCAGCGGCGGCGUGGAAUUCGAUCCUGCUCGCCCAUGGGCCGGGUCAUCCUCAUCAACUCGCCCGUGGAUGGUGGUGACGACUGCGAGGACCUUCACACGAUCACGGUGGAUAAGAGCGCGGACGGUAAGCUGGGCUUCAGCGUGCGCGGUGGCUCCGAGCACGGCCUCAGCAUCUUCGUCAGCAAGGUGGAGGACAACAGCACAGCAGAGGAGGCCGGCCUGCUCGUAGGUGAUAAACUGGUGGAGGUGAAUGGCGUCAGCCUGGAGAACAUCACCAUGGGCAGCGCCGUGAAGGUCCUGACGGGCAACAACAGGCUGAGGAUGGUGGUGAGGCGAGUCGGCAAAGUCCCCGGCAUCCGCUACUCCAAGGAGAAGACUACCUGGGUGGAUUUGAUACACAGGCGUAUGGUGGUAGAGGAGAGCGGACAGACGCCUUCGGACGCCAGCUCGGGAAGCGCGCUCCAGAGGAUCGUCCACCUUUCGACCACCUCCGACGACUACUGCUUGGGCUUCAACAUCCGGGGGGGGAAGGAGUUUGGUCUGGGUAUCUAUGUCUCCAAACUGGAUCCCGGCGGUCUGGCUGAGCAUAACGGUAUAAAGAUGGGGGACCAGAUCCUGGCGGCCAACGGCGUGAGCUUCGAGGACAUCAGUCACAGUAGUGCCGUGGAGGUGCUGAAGAGCCACACACACGUCAUGCUGACCAUCAAGGAAGCGGGACGAUACCCUGCUUACAAAGAGAUGGUGGCGGAAUACCGGUGGCUCAAUAAGCUCGCCAACGGUACUCAGAAGUCUUCCUCCCAGGGGUCAGAGUCCACCUCCUCCGCCUCCUCUUUGUCGUCCGGUACUCCGGUCAGCUCUCUGAGCGGCCUGUCGCAGGUCAUGUUCCCUCCCAGCAUGCCGUUCGGGUCAGACAUGGUGGAUGUCUGCAUCUCUACAGAGGACCAGAGGUUGGAGUCGGCGAGAACCGAGACCGCCAUGCAGACGGACCUUCCCUCCCUGAGGACUGCCGCAGAAACCACUCGCAGCCUGGGCCGAACCACUCUGCUCCGGGACACGGUGAUCCGCGGGGACGAGGGGGAGGCCAACGGGAGGCAGGAGUCCACCAAGACGGCCGUGCUGCUGGCUCUCAGCCGGCCGAGCCGGCCGAUCAGCAGGUCCCAGAGCCAGGUCACCGUGGCAGAGAUCAAGCAGAAGAAGGAGAAGAAGCAGAAAGAGAAGCGACCGGAGGAGAAGAGCACCCUGCAGCGCUCAAAGACCUUCGUCAACUCGCUGUUCAAGGGCGUUCGCAGGAGGGAGACGUCCAGGGGGCGCUCCAAGUCCCCGUCCACGCGCAAGGCCGGCAAAGGGGGACAACAGGCCGGUGCGAUGCCAAAUACGGAGAUGCUCGGAGUGGUGGAGGACAUGGCCCGCCGGCUGCUGGCUGAGGAGGAGGUCGCUGCUGUGAUGAAGACGUGCCGAAGGUAUGUGGCAGAGCAGUCGGUGGAGAACUUGAUACGUCACCUGCUGGCUGUGCUGGACAGACCCGAGAAGCUGCUGCUGCUGAGGGAAGUCCGGAUGCUGCUUCCACCUCCUGAUCUCAAUGCAUUCAACAACAUGGUGACGCCCGUGGAAGUCGAGGCCUACGAUAUCCUCAAGUAUCGUUCAAUCCAAACUCCGCCCCUGCGCUCCCCCAUAUCCGGUCGAGCACCAAAACGGCGCCUCAUCACCCCGAUCCCGGACUUCAGGGGAGGCUUCGAGCUGCACAAUGCUGAGGAGGUGGAGAAGGAGAGCAACCUACUGGACGAGCUGGAGAAGCUCAGUGUGUCCGGGCCCCGGGGGUCCAGGGAGAGGCCCCGUCCCUCCAGGUUCUUCACCCCGCUGCUGGACGUGCCGGUGGACGGAUACGACGCAGAGCCCGGAGACCUGCGACCGCCUCCCGCCGGCGCCAUGCUCCCCAACUGGCUGCUGGCCCACGGACGGGACUCCCGCCCUCCUCUCCGGAAAGACAUCGGCACCAUCCGCUCCGUCCACUUCGACGAGGUCUCGCUGCACUCGGCGUCGGACACGGCCUCGGAGAGGGGGAGGUCGCCCUUCAGGAACGGCCGCGCCCGAGGCGAGGAGGGUAAAAGCAAAGACACCGUGUUCACGCUGCAGAGCGCCGCUCGCCGGGCUCGCCCCCCGCUGUCGCAGGUGUUCAAGUCGAGUCCGGGUCCGAGGGUCGGCGGAGAGCAGACCAACGGGCAUCAGGCGUCGCCCAGAAACGGACUCAACGGCUCCGAGCCUCAACAGGAGUACGAGCUCAAAAGCGUCAUCAUCUCCAAGACCAAACAGUCCCUGGGCAUCAGUAUAUCCGGCGGCAUGGAGUCCAAGGUCCAGCCGGUGGUGAAGAUCGAGAAGAUCUUUCCUGGAGGAGCUGCCUCCACCUGUGAAGUGCUCAAGGCUGGAUUCGAGUUGGUGUCCGUGGACGCAGUUUCGCUUCAAGGCGUGACCCAUCAGCACGCCGUCGACAUCAUCCGAAAAGCCUUCAGCCACAAGGCCAAAGACCCCAUGGUGUUCGUGGUCAAAGUCCCCAAAAACAUCUUGAAGGGAGACUGAGCCUCCCGCCGUGACGUCAGAGGAGCGCUCUGUGUGCUUCCCAGCUUCUGGGACUAAACACACUGAUCUGAGGGCAGGUCUGUUCCUCUGUUGCCAUUCAUGGUGAAGUUGGAAAUAAUCACACAGAGCGUUGAGGAAGCUGAUCACAGGACUUGAGGAUUAUGCACAAGCAACAGGACAGAAAGGAUGGAAAAUGGUGCUCUUGACGCCUUAAAAAUGUCCCUUCAUCCCAACCCAGGAACCUGUAAAAAAAGCAUGUAAUGCAUUAACAUUCAAUCCUCAUAAAAGUAUUGCAGCCGUGUUUGUCAUCCUGCAUAUUUAAGAAUUCAGAAACAAACUGUAACCGGAUUGCCUUUAAAGCGCCGAGAUGUAGAAUCAUAGUCUACCUUCUGACCUGCAGAGGGAGACAUGAAACAGAAACAUUUCUGCUCUCUGAAUUCGGGCAAGUCUGAAGCUUCCCCGAACCACAAACCGUUAAAACAGCAACCAAAUGUUAAUGAGACGACAACUAUUCAUCCACAACGUCACUGGAGAGAAUUGCGACCCGAAUAAAGUGAAGUGAACAAAUCUGAAUGUA